GAAAUGCACGUGCUCGACGAGCGUUGGAACUCGAUGGUGCGAAGUGCAACGUCAUAGUCACUGCUGCUACCGUCACCCGCGCUACUUCGUCGACGUCGGCGGCGGACCCUCGACCCAAGUCACUGCGUCGUCAAGAUUCGACGACACGGCGAACUGAGCGAUCAAGCGCGCUUGUAGAAACCAUCGUACCCAGUACGUGACCACCACCAUUACAAACAGCAACAGCAACGACGACGACGACGACCGGGAUGCCUGCUGCUUUGGCCGAUGCGUGGGCAGCGACGUGGCGCGAGUGCGCGCCAACUCUGUGCAACAUGCCAAAGACCGACUUUGCCUUUUGUGCGUGGCACCUCGGCGCGCUCGCCUCGGAGAAUAUCUCGUGCACGUGGCGCUACGAGGACGAUGCGAGCGACGGCGCGGCCGUGCUGUAUCCGUAUGCGUCGACGGUGCCGAUCCCGCUCGCGCUUCAAGUACGUGCCGCGCCGCUCAGCGUGCGCUGCAAAAUCAACGACACGACGUUGGAGCGCCGCUUCGACGUGCGCAAUUGCGAUAGUCUGACGCGCCACGACGUCUACCACCCGCUGCACCAAGGCGCGUUCUUGCAGCAGACGUGCGCGACGGCGCGCGGGCCGCACCAAGCCUGCGCCGGCCACUUGAUCUCUUGGGAGGGCACGCGCACGCGUUAUACGGACGCCACCGCGCGGCCGCUCGAGUGCUGCAACGCCCGUGGUGUGCUCCCGGCCUUUUCCUGCAACCUCAACACCACAUUGGAUGGACUCGGGAUCUGCGCGGUCGCGCCGUUCGCGACGUAUGGCCUCUACGACGUGCACGUGCUGCAGAUCUCGGUCGACUUUGCGUACGCGUACCCAUCGAUCGCGAUCGGCUUGGGUAGUCUACUUGGCGCUAUAGCGCUCCUCGGAACCUUGGUCUGGGUCGUCCAGUUGGCCACACUUGUCGUCAACGAGCACCAAGAUACUCGGCGCAUGGAUACAAGCUACUACUACAAGGAGCUGCCGACGUAGCUGAUACAAAGUAAUUGUGUGAUUUUGACCUACAACAGUAUCGUCUUGCG